AUGACUUUCAUGCCCUUGGUGCAAGAGAGACUGAUGAGUUGCACUGGGGAUCCAGAGCUAAGGUUUCACGCUUGUUGGGAUUGUUGGCCGCGUGGAACGUUACUGGAUUUCGGAUGGACCCGAGAAAACAAGGAUAUGCCAAAAGCCUGGUCAUUUUUUGCCUACUGCAAGCCGGAAGACUUAUUGACUUGCCUUGUUGAAAUUAUGGACACGAUUACAGAGUUCGAAAACCAGCUGGCUGGUGAAUGGGUGUAUCCAAGGUUCCAGCCAUGGAAGCUUAUCACGGUAGGCCAGGUUCUCCAUUGCCUUUACAGGAAACGCAUUCUAGUUGAACCCCAGUCGCCAGACAAGAUCAAGUAUAUGGAACAUGUUCUCGAGAGAUCAAAUAUUCGGGGGCUCCAGGUUAAGCUCACCCAGAAGAUCUGGUCGGAAACAGAACUUGAUGACGUGGACUACGUGGACGAAGUCGAAUUUCUGCUAUCACUGCGACUAUCUGAGCUAGCAACGCUAGCGUUGCGCCCAGAGGACAAUCUGAUACCUUAUUGUUAUUUCGGACCAACAGACGCAGAGGUUUUUAACCCAAGGCAUCUCAGAUUGAAUCUUCUAGUUGGCGUUGGGGGUUUGAAAAUAGAAUGGACCGAAGACCUUCACGAGCACUUGACUCUCAACGCAUCAACCUUGACUGUUUACAUUUUCUGGUUUGCGUCACACAUCCGCCAAAACUCCAUGUUCCAGAUGUACUGUGAUCUCUUCGAUUGUAAACUUGAUCAUGCAAAGAUCGGCCAGCCUAGCAUGUCACGAUUAUCAAUGUCAUAUCGAAAGCAAAUACUCAGGUCGUACUUAUGGAUCUUUCAUGAACUGGCAUCUAGCUCGUCACGUAGAGAGGCAUACUACGACCUUCCGCUGCCCUGGUGGCUUGCUCCUCUUCAAAGCGCCCAGCAGCAGCAAGUACCAACAAAGACUUCAGUGAAAGGCUUGUUUGUAUGGCUAGGGAAAGCUUUGAAUGCCUUGGCUACGUUGCUCCAUUUCAAAAUGCCGCGACCCAAGGAGCCGUACGGGACUAUCCGCUCGCUUCUCAAAGAUGGUAUUGGCAGGAAGUGCAAGCUACCUAUCGACUGUCUUCUACAGCUUAGGCCUUUUAAUAACGAGCGUACAGAGAUUGCGGAGGGUGGACAGAUAAGCGAGCUGUACGAGGACGACUCGGACGAUGAAGAAGAAAGCCUUGGCGUUACACACCAAGUGUCGUACCAGUUAUACCCAGCACUAGCUCCUCGUAUCAAGAUACUGAUUGAGCAUCUAGAAAAGCAGAAGCCGAAAGGGUUCGACGCCCUGUGGAAGGAUCAGAGAGAUUCCAAUACCUGGUAUACGUUCUGGGCAGCGGUGAUCUCUGGGGUCACGGCGUUGGUCCCAGCCGCAGGAAGUUUAGCAGUGUCAGCUGCGCAGACUUGGGCAAUAUUCAGGGCGGUGUAUAUGUGGCAUGAAAGAUAAUGCGUAGUCGAAUCGCUGUAAUUUUAGAUUCUUU